AAUGGACUAUGAGCAAGAAUAUAUCGACACGGGGUAUUGCGAACUGUCAAUGCCUCCGCGUAUUGGAAAGGACGGCAAGCCAGACUUCGCACUGGAUCCAAACCAUUUGCAUAUCUGGCCACGCCACACAUUCAUGCUGAUCGCAUUGCCCAAUCCGGACCGAACGUUCACGUGCACGUUGUUUAUGCCAUUUGACAUGUUUGACAGCAUUACCACUCAAGAAAAGCUUAUGGACCUAUUCACGACCUAUUUCGCUGAUGCCAUCCCUCUGAUUGGCCAAGGACGGCUGAUUCACGACUACUUUGCCCAUCCACGCGGCUCGUUGAUUUCCAUCAAGACAUCGCCCCAUCAUCUCAAUGACAAAGCCGUCAUUAUCGGUGAUGCGGCCCAUGCCAUGGUCCCCUUUUACGGCCAAGGCAUGAACUGUGGAUUCCAGGACAUAGAAGUACUGCAUCAAGUUUUGGACGCACAUGGCAUCACCGCUUACAACCUCAAAGGGAUCGACAAAGCAUUGGAGGAGUAUUCGAAUACCCAUGCCAAGGAUGCACAUGCCAUCUGCGAUCUCGCUAUGUAUAACCAUUAUGAAAUGCGGUCGGCUGUAACAUCCUAUCGCUAUUUGGCACGUAAGAAAAUCGAAGGGUGGAUCCAUUUAUGUGCGCCUCGCUUGGUAGUGCCAUUAUAUACCAUGGUUAGCUUUACGACUUUACCGUAUUCAAAAGCCAUUGAGCGGUGGCAUAAGCAGAAUUUUUGGUUAAAUGUUGUGCUGGGAACGGCGUCGGUAACUUUGGCAGCGGUGGGCUUGGCGGCUAGCUUAAGCAGUAGUAGCGUUAGACAACACCACGGAGACACGAUCAGAUCAUUGAUCGAGUCCGUAUCGAAACAUUUCAUUUGAAGAAAGAAAAGGAAAAAAAAAUUAAAUCUUCUUGCUGGAUGAUCAGACAAUGCCAUGGUUGUGUGUAUAUGUGUUGGUAAAAAUGAGG